AUGUCGAGCACCCUGGAGAAGAAGAUCAUGAAUCUGGAGGAGCGGCUGCGGGCGGAGAACGAGUCGCGGGACCGGGACAGGCAGGCCGGCGGCGAGGUUGGUGGCCCGGGCACCAUGGGCUUGCACUCUUCGUCGUCGUCGUCGUCGUCGUCGGCGGCGGCGGGCCCCGCGUCCAGCCCCGCGCUCCGCAGACCCCGGCAACUUGGGGAUAUGGGUACCCCGACACGACCCAGAAGACAGCUGGAUCUGCCAGUGUCGCAGAUGACGCCGCCAAAGAUGCACGACAGCGAGGUCGAGUUGAAGCUGCAGGAAAUCAUGAAGAUGAACGGCAUCCUGAAUAUCAAUGGCCAAAGGUAUCAGACGGAGAUGAAGGAUCUGGAGCAUCUGGGCGAGCUUGGUAACGGCACCUGCGGACACGUUGUCAAGAUGAAGCAUAAGCCGAGCGGCGUGGUAAUCGCCGUGAAGCAGAUGCGGCGCUCCGGGAACGCGGAGGAGAACAAGAGAAUAAUUAUGGAUCUCGACGUCGUGCUCAAGUCGCACGACUGUCCAUACAUUGUGCAGUGCCUGGGCUGUUUCAUCACCGAAUCCGACGUUUGGAUUUGCAUGGAACUGAUGGCGACGUGCCUAGACAAACUGUUGAAGCGUAGCAGGCAAGCGAUACCGGAAGAUUUUUUAGGAAAAGUUACAGUAGCAACAGUAAAAGCGUUGUCGUACCUGAAAGAGAAGCACGGCGUAAUACAUAGAGACGUGAAACCUAGUAAUAUAUUAUUGGACGACACGGGAGGGGUGAAGCUUUGCGACUUCGGGAUUUCUGGCAGACUGGUCGACAGCAAAGCGAAGACGAGAAGCGCGGGAUGCGCGGCAUACAUGGCUCCUGAAAGGAUAGAUCCACCAGAUCCUACUAAACCGGAUUACGAUAUAAGGGCGGACGUGUGGAGUUUGGGCAUUACUCUGGUGGAACUAGCUACGGGAAUAUUUCCUUAUCGAGACUGCAAGACUGAUUUUGAGGUACUGAGCAGAGUAGUACAAGACGAUCCUCCGUCUCUCCCAGCGGACGCGCUCUUCUCCAAGGAGUUCAGAAAUUUCGUCAGCUGCUGCCUGACGAAGAACUACAAGCACCGGCCAAAGUACCACAAGCUCAUGGAACACGCCUUCAUUCGCAAAUACGACGUUCUGCAGGACGGCGAGACGAAUUCCGCCUUGACAAACUCCGGCUGUCAAUGGUUCGGCAAGGUCAUGCGGCAGCUAGAACCAAGUUCCAGAUUGCCAGGAGGUCAGCAGCGAGUUUCGGGUCACGUGUCCCUGAAGCAGACAGCCCACCUUCGAGCGCAGUCCGAGAUGCCGGCCUUCCUGAAGAGCAACAUCAACAGCAGCAUCAGAGAGCCGCCGAACUGCGGCUUUCUGACGUUCCAUCAGCGUUGCAACAGCGAGAACGGCGCGAGCUACGUGCCCUACAGUCCGUACGCUCUACGUCGGAAGGAGAUCGCGCGACCGUUCUCGCCGCCGAUAUCCAAGGACGCGGCGGAUCAGCCGGAGCCGAAUCUGCCGCCGCGAUCUUUCUCGCCCUACCGGCAGCACGAGCAGACUAUCGCCAGGCACGAUUACAACUCUUCGAAUCGCUGCUCGACGACGAACGGCCAAGGUAGACAGGAGACGACGACGACGACCACGGCGACGACGACGGCGAGACCGUUCUCCCCUUACAGGACUCCGGACGCCAGUUUGGACAGCAACGGUCGACCGUACUCCCCGUAUCGCAGUAGCCGUUACGAGGAGAUGUUACGGGACGGUGGUAACAAGGCGGACCGAUGGCAGGGAGGCGUCUCGAGAUCGUUGAGCCCCUUCACCAGAGACUACUCGCCCUGGCGACGGGAGAACGUCGAUCCGCCGAAUGUCAUUCAGCCACCACCUGCCACGUACGACAACAGCGGCCGUUACUCGCCGUUUCUGCAGCAUCGAUUCGCGCAACCCCCGUCGCAGCAGCCCGCGACACUCCAGACCUAUCCGCAGACGCAGAACAUCUACGGUAGUCCAAUGAUCAGCCGCAAGAGGUUUCCUUCGGAGCCACCGCCACAGGGAUCUCACGGUUCCACUAGUCCACAGUUGUUGAUCUCCCGUUUCGCGCAUCAGCUGAAGCAGGAGUCGCCGCCGUCGUCAUUGGCGAUGCCGCCGCAGCAGAUCAUUGGCUCGAAGGAGUCCGCGAAGAAGCGCUUCGCGUCCUACGUACGCCUCAGGCUCGGCAGCGACCGCGCUCCUUCGCCGGAACCACCGCCGAGACUGAGUCGUGGCGAAUCCCCGCUUGCCCUUAGGAGGAAUUUAGUCGAACAGGCGUCCCCUUCCUUUCCGCGGAGGUACGUCUCGCCUUCUCCGCCCCAGCCGCCGCCUAGGAGAUUGUCGGAGAGCAAUUCCGUGCCUGGUAGCCCGCAGCACGUGCGAGCUCGCCUGCGCUACACACCCGAACCUCAGAGGAGACCUCCGCCACCAUAACCCACCGUUACAAUCAUUAAGCCUUAUUAUUAUUAUUCCUUGUUGGUGCCAUACGCGACUACGGACACCCGGACGACGAUCACCACGUAGUGGAGCGAGGUGCAUCGUUAUUCGACAACGGUUGCGCGCACAGAGCGAGUCACAGUGCACGUGUAGACGCAAACGUUCGUACACGUGUUCUCACCGUUGUGAAGUAUAAACCAAAAGAAAAGCGUAGGGAGGAAACGGAGAAGCGUGUCCUUUAAAUACUCGAGCCGACGCGAACUCGGAGUUGUGCGCGAGUCGAAGAUUUGUACGGGAACGUCGAUUUAGCGUGCGAAACGGCUGGAGGAGACGCGGGUAAAUAUUUCACAUUGAUUUGACAUUCUCACACAUUUGGAUUCGCGAACGCGCUUCGAACGCGAGAAUUGCCUUAAGAUAUACGAGGACUUAUAUACUUGUAGCUAGUACGAAUAUUUCAGAUCUCCAGAAAGACUUCCGAGUGUUUCAGGUUUCUGAUGCGAAGAAUAUUUUCUGAAUUCCUUAUUGAUGUUAGGAAAACGUAGGGAAGAGAGUGAAACGUCUUUUUCGAGUUUAGAGCGCUUCACACGCUAAAGUCGUUGUAAACGUAAACUUCCGCACGGUCGAGUAGCUUUCAGCUAAAAUCGCGCCGACCGUCUCGGUUUGAUUGAUCCUGGCGUACAAGUAAUUGGAACGAAUUAUUUUCUCUACAAGAUAGGCUGGGAAAGUAAGAAAAAAAAAAAUGCAUAAAUCAAUCCUCAAGAGAAAAAAAAAACCUACUUAGAUAGUUUUGCAACAAAUUCUCGCCGAGCUCUUUUGCCUUAACUGUUCUUCUAAAUGUGGAAGGAAGCAAUCGAUUAAGAGGGAAUACUAGGAUUAAUGUUACAACCGAGAGUGUCAUCGGCGGCCCGAGGCCCGCAUGCACACGUUUUAUAUACGUGAGGGGAUGAUCGUUCACGGCGGCGAACAGUCCUCGCGACACGUUUACACGGCUUUUCUUCGCCGCCGCGAGAUGCGAAUCGAUCUACCUUCGUUAAUUAAUCCUCUUCUCGACGUGUAUUUAUCGAUGAUACGCAACGAGAAAUAAGAGAUGCUCAACUUUUUAUAUCGUUUGCGUAUGUAAAAAAAAAAAGGUACAGCGACGCGGAGGAGCGCGGCAUUAAUCGCGAUGCACCGCGAUGUUUUUUCUAAAUCAGCCUCGACACACAUAUACACACACUAUACAUAUAUACAUAUUUAUGUACAUAUAAAUAUAUAUGUAUAUACACGCACACAUACAUAUAUAUACAGGAGAAGUUGUAUAUAUGCAUUCGUGCCCCAUGUGAAACAUGCGUAAACCGUUCCUAUCGCUCUUCGUUUACGCUUCUUCUUGUCAAUCAUGAGAAUUUUGUCAAGGAAAAGAGAGAAAGAGAGAGAGAGACAGGAUAAAACGCAACGAAACUCUCGCUCUCUUCUCUCGGACGGCCUUUGCGGUACCUCUGGACUCGAAUUGCAGUCUCACGGUGACUUCUUUUCCACGUUUUACUAUUAAUAUUAAUGACUAUUAUUAAAGCAACGUUAAAUACGAGAGCGAGCCGAGUAAUGUCCAGUUCUAUCAAUAUGGAUCAACUUUAAUCCCGGUUCAACGUACUUUUGUAUCUUUUUCUAAUUUUAAGAAUUGGAAAAAGACAAAAAGCAAAUAAAAUCAAGAUUAAACUUUAUCUACAUUGGUAGAAAUGUGCACAUAAGUUUACGAGUGCGUAAAUCCGAUAUCGAUCAUAGUCCAAACCGGGAGGGAUAUUAUCGUCCACACUCGAUUUUUCCUCGCGUGUCGAAAAAAAGGGAGGGGGGAGGCAGAGAAGUGAAUAACAAAAAACGAAAGCACAAUAAUGUCGCGGUAGCACGUCACGUAGAGUCCUAGCCACAGAGGACGAAUUUGUAUAUUACUCAAUCAGCAGGGCGUUACUCUCUACACACACACACACACACACACACACACACACACACACACACACACACACACACACGUAUACACUAUACAUGCAUACGGUACCACGUAGACACGAUUUUAGAAUGUUGUAAUUAUUAUUUUUAAUUAACAUUUAAUCCCUAACUACGUUCAAGUCUACACUCGUAAUCACCCUUUGUCAUUCAUUUUGACAAAAGGAUCUGUUGCAAUGUAAAUAAACUUAUAUUUAUACGAGUUAUUGCAUCUCUCUUUUCCACAUUUUCUCUCUCGCCACAUUUUAGCUCCCCUCUUCGCCUUAAAAGUAUAUCGCUACUAUUUUUGGGCCAUGCCUUCGUCAUUUUCAAUUGAACCGAUUUACGUUUUCUAUUCGUCGUUUAGAAUAACAAAGAGAAUUGUGCAAGUCAUUCGUCACUCGGGCAGUCGUCUUCACCGAUUGUGAUGAAACGUACAGUUGUAAAAAUGUAUAUAAUCUUUGACCUUUCGAUAUUUUCACUUAUAAUGUCAAUUGAAAAAUAUAUCGAAUGACAUUGAAAGAAAUAUAAGAUAUUCCUUUGCAAUUUAAUUUACUAGACCACAUUAUUUUCGUUGCCAUGCAAAAAUAAUUACCAUAUGGAAUAGAUAAGAAUUUCAUUGCGGCAUAGUUUAAUUCUUAUCAAGGCAUACCGUUGUGUCAAUAAAUUUCGAAGGAAACGUAUGUCUUUUCGAGGUUAAUAUUUUUUUGCUGUAUUUAUUUAUAUAUUGUAUCGUGUACAUUUGCGUCCUAAUCGAUAUUUCGUUGAAUAUUUUACAAUUAAAAAA